UAGAGGCAUUGGCGCCCUCUGUUGACUUUAACACACUGUACCCAGUUGUACAGGUGCGGAGUGUACUCAUAUAACGUAUGUCUGUUGUCUAAAGACUACAGUUUUAAGCUAACUGGCGUACCGUGGUCUAAAAACUAUAAUUAUUACGUAUGGUCCAGCUCGGGAAGUUUUAUAUUCCGAGUUGUUCGUAUUUUACAGACGUUAGCUGGCAGUCUUUGCCACACUCAAGAUGGCGACAUCUCUGUGCCGCCGGGUGAGCGCGUACGUAACAGAAUGCGUCAGCCGCGCGUAAAGUUGUGUUGACAGGAGCGGCUGGAGUUGUCAGCGGAACAGCAGCAGACAGCAUCACCGGAGCCGAAUGGAGUAAUCACAAACAUAUUACUCCCGACAGCGUCUCUGUUAUUAUUUAGAAGCUUUGUUUACACACUUGAAACCACGACAACAUGGCAGACGACCAGUCCUCUCAGUCCUGGUCCAUCGACAGGGACGACUACGAGCUCAACGAGGUGAUAGGGAGCGGAGCCACCGCAGUCGUCCAGGCAGCCUACUGCAAGCCGAGAAAGGAGAAGGUGGCUAUCAAACGCAUCAACCUGGAAAAGUGUCAAACUAGCAUGGAUGAACUCCUGAAAGAAAUCCAGGCUAUGAGCCAGUGCCACCACCCAAACAUUGUGUCUUAUUAUACCUCCUUUGUGGUGAAGGAUGAACUGUGGCUGGUGAUGAAGCUGCUCAGUGGUGGCUCAGUGUUGGACAUCAUCAAGCAUAUCAUCUCUCGCGGCGAGCACAAGACUGGAGUGUUGGACGAGGCCAGCAUCGCCACCAUCCUGAAAGAAGUCCUGGAGGGGCUAGAGUACCUUCACAAAAACGGGCAGAUUCAUCGGGAUCUAAAGGCUGGAAAUAUUCUUCUUGGGGAUGAUGGCUCAGUGCAAAUUGCUGACUUUGGUGUGAGUGCCUUUCUAGCAGCUGGAGGAGACAUGACUAGGAACAAGGUCCGAAAGACGUUUGUGGGGACGCCUUGCUGGAUGGCCCCCGAGGUCAUGGAGCAGGUCCGCGGCUAUGACUACAAAGCCGACAUCUGGAGUUUUGGGAUAACAGCCAUUGAACUGGCCACUGGGGCUGCACCAUAUCACAAAUACCCACCGAUGAAGGUGCUGAUGCUGACAUUGCAGAACGACCCUCCCUGUCUGGAGACGGGCAUCACAGACAAGGAAAUGGUGAAGAAGUACGGCAAGUCCUUCAGGAAGAUGCUCUCGCUGUGUUUACAGAAGGAUCCAGAAAAGAGGCCAACUGCAGCUGAGUUGCUGAAGCAUAAAUUCUUCACGAAAGCCAAAAACAACGAGUACUUGCAGGAGAGGCUCCUAUAUAAAGGUCCGACUAUAACAGAGCGAUCCAAAAAGGUGCGUCGCGUGCCUGGUUCGAGCGGCCGUCUCCACAAGACAGAGGACGGCGGUUGGGAGUGGAGCGAUGAUGAGCUGGACGAGGAGAGUGAGGAGGGUAAAGCUGCUGUGGCAGCUCUGCGGUCCCCCAGAGUCAAGGACGGGUCCCAGAAUAUGGAGCUUUUUCCACCAGCAGAUGGCUCCACUGGACAUCUGCAGCCACCUGCUGCAGCACACGAGAGCCCUGCAAAUGUGGGCCAGACAGGACAGGAUGCUCCACCACAGGCUCCCGCUCAAACAGCGAGUCCUUCACAUGCACCCGCUGCUCAGGAUCCAGCUGCAGCCAACGCCAGUGUUCCUAUAAGCCUCGUCCUGAGACUGAGGAAUCUCAAGAAGGAACUCAAUGACAUCCGAUUUGAGUUCAUGUCCGGCAGAGAUUCUGCUGAUGGAGUUUCUCAGGAGUUGGUCUCAGCAGGUCUGGUUGAUGGGAGGGACUUAGUCAUUGUUGCUGCCAAUUUGCAAAAGAUUGUUGACGAUCCUCACAGUAACAAAAAUGUGACUUUUAAAUUGGCUUCUGGCGUGGAGGAAUCUGAAAUUCCUGAUGAUGUUAAACUCAUCGGAUUUGCGCAGCUCAGCAUCAGUUAAGUCAAGUAGAGCAAGCAACAAAGGACAGAAACUAAUGGUUUUGCACAGCUGCAUUGUAGUCAAUUCCAAGAAACCACUACUGCCAAAGAGAGGAUGAGGAGGAGGAAGAUGAUGAAGAGGAGGAGACAUGAAGCUGGCAGGAGUGUGACACUACUGCAGGAUGCAUGAGGACCACAUUGAGAAGGGGCUCAGUUCAUCACAGGAAUCACACUUGAAACGUUUACAGUGCGCUUAUACAGUAAAUGGGAGAAGAGAUGCAAUCAACUAUAUCGACUCGUAAUUUCUUUUUCUUUUUUUCUCCCUCUUCAUACAUAAGCACAAUCCAAACCAUCUCCUGCCAGUACUGGAAGUGAUUGCCUUUUUUUUUUUUUUUUUUUUUUUUGUCUGUUAGUUUUUUUUAAUCAACUGUGCCACAAAACUCAAGAGUCUCAUGCCACUUUUAAAUGGCACUUAAUCCUACACUGAAAUUGAAAAGUGUAAAUCUAGCCUUCGUUAGUCAAACUAUUGAUUUUAUUAAUGUGUUUGGUGGAAGAAAAAAAAAUAGUCCAUCUGUGAUUAUUGGGCGUAUUCCGUGUACGCCUAUCCAAGAAAUUUAAGCAAACUCCCCUAAAUCUGAUACAAAUAACUUAAAAACUCGCUGUAGCAUAGUUUUAGUUUUAUAAUUCUGUAAAUUCAGAUGGAUUUUUACUUAAAAUAUAAAAACUAUCAGAUUCCUGUACAAGGCAGCCCACAAUGUGUGGUGUGGUCAAAGUUUAGACACUGACUGCUCCGCUGAAAUCUUUCAAAAUAUACACAAAUCAACUGCAACAGCUCUGUCCCAUAACCGCAGUUACUACACUUUGUCGAUGUAUUCAAAGACAGGAUUCUUUUCACAGAUUGAGACAUGCCUAAUAUUCUUGUACUAUGCAAUAGGUUUUUUUGUUUCACCAUAUGUGACCACUGGUUGCUGAGAAUAUUUCUCUUGGGUUGAAUAAAACUGCUUUUUGUGCUUGUACCUCACGCGGAGUUCGUAAAGUCAACCAGCCGAACAGGCAGCUUUAGAAACCUGCAGUGAGAGGUUUACUUUGAUUUUCACAAGCAGGCAACAAAGUGAAAAUUUAACACACCAAAAGACACACACGGGUAUUAAUUGCUGUUUUCUAUGUACCCUUGUAAGAGGUAAUUUUGCCUGUUUACCAUUAUUGAUCUAACAGCUGGGAAGAAUCCUGAAUGCUGGCAAUGAGUGUCGAGCCUGGGGCUGCUCGUGUCACAGGCUGACUGAUGGUGAACUUCUGUGGAGAGGCAUGCACGCUCAAAAACUGAACAUGUUCUACCUAAUUGAAGUAAAGUUUAAAGGGGCAGUUCAUCCAAAUUGCGAAAAUAAAAAAUAGAUUGUUAGUGGUAGCAGUAGUUUAGUGGUAUUUAGCCAUGCAGAUGGUUUUGGUCUUAUUUGCUGAGGUUUGGAGAUGUAGUAUUCUGCCUCUAAUAUGAUAGAGGUGAAAGGUCCACCACGAUGUUUCUGACUGAAUUAACUCAAAAUCUAGUAUUAUGAAUUUCACUGAAAUUUGAUAACUAUAUUUGUGUUCCCGAAAGAAUGAAACCUACUGACCGUGGUGACUCCUAAACCUUGAAUGUAGUGCUGUUAACAGGUCAAUUUGUACAGUACUUUUGGAUUAUGACCAAACACCUUUAAAACAAAUACAAUUCCCAGCAGCUUCAGCUGUGUUAUAGCUAAAGCUAAGAUUGUGCUAGCAUUACAUUUUUUUUCCAUUGUGAGCAUGUUAGCAUUUAGCAUGUUAGCACGCAAAGAUGGUGACCACAGUAAAGUUUAUGUCUAAUACACAUCCGCAUGUUAGCAUGCUAACAUUCAGCAACCCUCGGACAGGCUAGCUAGACUCUUGAGGCAUUGCAGGUAUCUCGAGGGGUUCUCUUAAAACCUCAGCAAAAAAAACAAAAACAAAACUAUCUACAUGUCUGGGUAACACUAGAGGUAACACAUUCAUAUGUUGGGUGAAGUAACCCUUUAAACUUCUCCAGAGACCAGUUAUUACUUAUUUUUUUGUCACUAGAAGAGUUGUUUUGACAGUACUGUAGUCUGUUUGCUUUAUAAACACUCACCAUCAAAUCACUCUCAUCACUCCCAGUGUAGCUGUAUGGUUGUUUUGUACCACUUGCAAAGGGCUGUGAAAUGGCUCCAAGUUCAGGUACUGAUGUAAAUGGUGUAUGUAAAGAUGAUGUAAAUGUACGUAUGAUGGCAACUCCAUGCACUGUCACACAAACAUCAUGAAGUUUGUAUGUAAUGAUGUAGAUGCAUUGACCGUUUAAGUGUACAUGUCAGAUAAAAAGGAACAUUUCACUUGUAAAUAUUGAUUAAGGCAAACAGAUUGAGACUUGUCAUGUUCAGUAGACAGUUGAAUUUGUUUUGUAGUGUUUCCCACUGUUGGCCUUUGUCAGAGCAUCACUAAUCAUGCACAAAUGAUUUGUUUAAUUGGCACCUUAUUGAUCUGUUAACAUGCAUAUGUUUGGAAUUACAUGGGGCUUGUAAUCACACUCUGAUGUCAUGAUAUGCAUUUUUUUCUCACUGACCCCGUCUGAGGUUAACUUAUCUCUCUGUGUGGGUGUGUGUAGAUGUGCGGUGAUUAAAUAAUCACCAGAGGCUUUGAGCUCAACGUUACAUUUUCUAAAUUUCUUUCCCUUUUAUUGUUGACUCGUCAGAAACCAUUCAUUCUGCAUCUUUGGGUCGUCACUGAAUAAUUAGUAUGAAGUUAAUCAUUUCAAGUACAUUUUUCACUUUAAACUUUUUUUCUACAGAUCAUUAUAUAUUUUAAAAAUAUGAUUAAUUAUAAAAUGUACAUCAACAGAAGCAUAAUAUUUGUGAUGAUGAAAGAGAUUCCAUGACAUACAGUUUAUUGGAAAAUGUCAACACAUGCAGAUAAGUUUCAUCAGAUGAAUAAAGUCACAUGAUGGAA